AUGCUGGCUGUUUACAUCCCGCCGUGGGCCGACCGCACUACAGCGCUAGGACUACUACACGACAUCAUCGGCAAAUACGGGACCACACACCCAGAUGCUGUGUUCAUCGUGGCUGGGGAUUUUAAUCAUUGCAGCCUCAGGACUGUGCUACCAAAGUACCAUCAACAUUUGAGCUUUCCGACAAGGAUCAGUUGUGAUACAAUUAAAGGGAGAAGCGCUGAAGCUCUGGUCUCAGUGCUCAACUCAGAAACCUCCAGUCUGAGAGAACUGCAUCUGACUGUGAAGACACUGGAUCUGACUGGGAAUAAACUAGAAGACUCAGGAGUGAAGCGUCUCUGUGCUGUACUGGAGAAUCCUCACUGUAAAGUGGAGACACUGAGGUUGUGGUAUUGUGGUGUCUCAGAUGAAGGCUGUGCUGCUCUGAGUUCAGCUCUGAGAUCAAACCCCUCACACCUGAGAGAACUGGAGCUGAAUAAUAAUAAUCUGGGAGACUCAGGAGUGAAGCGUCUCUGUGCUGGACUGGAGAAUCCUCACUGUAAGGUGGAGACACUGGGGUUGUGUGGUUGUGGUGUCUCAGAUGAAGGCUGUGCUGCUCUGAGUUCAGCUCUGAGAUCAAACCCCGCACACCUGAGACAACUGGAUCUGUCGAAGAAUAAUCUGGGAAACUCAGGAGUGAAGCGUCUCUGUGCUGUACUGGAGAAUCCUCACUGUAAACUGGAGACACUGGGGGGCAUGGAGAACUUCAACCCUCUAAUAGAGGUCCUGAGGGAAAGAAAUAUUGAUGAGGCAAGGAUUGCCAGGAUUCUUGAAGACAAGAUUGAUGUCUCUGUGAUUCUGCUGAUGUCAGAUGACAAUCUAGCCAAGUACAUCCCCCACUAUGGUGAUAGAUUGGUUGUGUUGGCCUUCUGUCGUAAGCAACAAUCUACAGAUGGAAACACAGACAGGAAGAGUCACGAUGGAAACACAGACAGGAAGAGGCACUUGUUGGAGAGACUAAGAUCAAAACUCUGUAACCCUAAUCCAUACCCCAUCGAAAUUAAGAAAAGUAAAAUUUCACAGAAAUUCAUUGGAAACACAAAUGCUAAGAAGAAGGAGAGGAAAGUGCAACUUGGAUGGAUGAUGUACAAUGAGAAAGACAAGGAAUUUAAGCAAGUUAGACAGUCAAAAGGAGGAGGAACAAGGGAUGAAAAAGUAGAUAGACUGACAACAGUAGAGGAACUCAAAGUAAAGGCAGAAAACCUUUUCUUCCCGGAUGGAAAGGCUAACCUUUUUAAGCUCAAACUCAAUGAUGUGCACUGUACUGUCAGGGAUACCUCUCACAGAAUUCUUGACCCGGAAUGUACAGUUGAAGACUUAUACGAAGCAACUAAGGUGAAACUCCUCAGGCUGUAUCUUUUCACAAAGCCCAAGCACAUGGAACAUUCUUAUAUAGUAGACGAAGAGGAACCAGAGAUUGAGGCUGUGUCAUCUGUACUCCAGGAUGAGAAGCAGCAGCUGAUUACAAUUGAGAUUUUAGAAGAGGGAACUUUUGACUUGGAGAAUGAGGAUCCACGAGAGCUGAUGAACCAGCAACUACAGUCAAUCCAGGACAUGGAGAUUGACCACUGGCAGGGGACCCCCCUGGAACCCCACAAGGCAUCUGAACAAGGAGACAAUAUCCAGGAGCUAAUUGAGAGCAUAAAUGCAAACAGAAGUCCGACCAAUGUGAGGCAGAGCACCCUCCCGAGAUCCCACCAGACAUCUGAACAAGGAGGCAAUAUCCAGGAGCUACUGGGCAUCAAUGCACACAGAAAUCCCAUCAAUGUGAGGCAGGAGACACUCCAGGGGGAGCUACUGGAGGGGAGGACAGCAACGCACACAGCAGUCCAAUCGAUGUGAGCAACUCUUCUGAUACUGAUAGUGAGGUCAUAAUUGGAGCAGGAUUUAGUGAAUCACAGGAUCUAGAAGACACUAUCCCUGAUGAUACUGGACUGACAGUGAUUGUAGUGCGAAGAGGAUUCGUUCUCACUGACCUAAUGAACAUAUUCAGUGACCCAGCUAUUAUGGAGAAAGAAUUGUCUGUCCGCAUGAAACUUCCCAAUGGAAAGUUGGAACCAGGACAUGGCUCUGGUGUUUUCCGUGACUGCUUAUGUGACUUCUGGAAAGAAUUCUACAGCAAAUGCACUUUAGGUACAGAUGUCAAGGUCCCCUUCUUAAGACAUGAAUAUCAAGAGCACGAAUGGCAAACUGUUGCAAGAAUUCUUGUUAAAGGUUGGCUUGCAGUGGGGUAUUUCCCUAUAAAAUUUUCCCUUCCAUUUCUGGAGGAAGCCUUUUAUGGCAACACCUACAGCAGUGUCAGAGAUUCAUUCAUGCACUACAUUUCGAUAGGACAGAAGAAAACCCUUGAGCAGGCAUUGGACAACUUUCAAUAUGUUGAGCCAGACGAACUCUUUGAUGUCCUAGAUGCACAUGAUUGUCACCAGAAUCCCACAGAAGAAAAUCUUUCAGCACUUCUGUCACAGUUGGGUCACAAAGCACUCAUACAAACUCCCAUGUUUGUGGUUGAAUCUUGGAGGCCUAUUCUGAGCGAUCUAGCUAAAACUUUGACACCACAGAGACUAGCAGAGAUCAUGCUAGAGCGAGUUCCAACACCUACACGUGUGGGAAAAAUCCUUAAGUUUCCACAAGAUAUGAGUGCCCCACAACGCAGAGUGGCACGACACCUUAAGAGAUAUAUUGAGGAGAUAGAUGACCACACUUUAAAGCUCUUCCUCCGCUUCUGUACUGGGGCUGAUCUUCUAUUUGGAAAAGACAUCACCGUGACCUUUUCAGAAACCAGUGAUUUCCAAUGCCAUCCAACAGCCCAUACAUGUGGAUGUAAUCUGGUGGUACCAGUGCAAUAUCAAAAUUACCCAGACCUCCGCAGUGAUUUUGAUACCAUCUUCAACAGCUCGAUCUGGGUUAUGGACAUUGCUUAAACAUCAAGCUCCAGACUGCUGACUACUGAAGAGCAAGCAGAUCUUCCAAGCCGAUCUUCUACUGGAAAAGAAGGAUUGAAACAAGUUUGAAAAUCACAUUCAGGACAAGCUAUGGAGUUGUUGACUAUGGACAUGUAUUUUUUAUUACAGACAGGUUGUAAUUUUGAGUUUAUUCAUUUUCUUUUGAUGCGUCGAUGUAGCAUACAACCAUUUACACAACCUCUGCUCUGCCUAAAACGUGUCACACUUUAAGAUGUAGUUCCAGACUGCUGCUAUUUUACUCAGGUGCCUUGGUUCUCGGCAAGUCUGCUUUGUACCACUUGCCAAAGAUGUUUGAAGUAUUAUUUAUAUGUUUAAUUGUUCAAAUUCAAUUGUUAGUUUGAAGAAGUAUAGGCUACUGAGCAGGGAAGCACAAAGGUUGCAAAUACUAUUGAUGUGCUGACUUAAUUUAGUUUCUCUUCCUCAAUUUCUGAUUCAUUAAGAAGAUUCAUUAAGUUUAGAUAUUAAUCAGUUGCAACACAGCCUUUUAAAAGGGAUUGAGAGAUAC